ACCAUGGCUUAUCCCUUACUCUUCUGCCUCCUGCUCGCUCAUCUGGGAUUGGGAACUGCUAGCGCCAGCCGCGACCCUCCGGGACGGCUGGAUCCCCCUAGAGAUAGAACCCUGAGGCUGAAGCAGCACGCCCAGCAGCCGGCUCGAGCCUCUGCCUCGGAUUCCUCGGCUCCCUGGAGCCGCUCCACCGACGGCACCAUCUUGGCGCAGAAACUCGCCGAGGAGGUGCCCAUGGACGUGGCCUCUUACCUCUACAGCGGGGACUCCCACGAGCUGAAGCGAGCCAACUGCUCCAGCCGCUACGAGUUGGCGGGCCUGCCGGGGAAGUCGUCAGCCCUAGCCAGCUCCCAUCCCUCCUUGCACGGGGCACUGGACACGCUGACACACGCCACUAACUUCCUCAACAUGAUGCUGCAGAGCAAUAAGUCGCGGGAGCAGAACUUGCAGGACGACCUGGAGUGGUACCAGGCACUGGUGCGGAGUCUCCUGGAGGGCGAGCCCAGCAUUUCCCGGGCAGCCAUCACCUUCAGCACCGAGUCGCUGUCCGCGCCGGCCCCGCAGGUUUUCCUCCAGGCCACCCGCGAAGAGAGUCGCAUCCUGCUCCAGGACCUGUCCUCCUCGGCACACCACCUGGCCAACGCCACGCUGGAGACCGAGUGGUUCCACGGCCUGCGGCGCAAGUGGAGGACCCACUUACACCGCCGCGGCUCCAAUCAGGGGCCCCGGAGCCUGGGCCAUAGCUGGCGGCGCAGGGACGGGCUUGGCGGGGACAAGAGCCAUGUCAAGUGGUCUCCACCUUAUCUGGAGUGCGAGAACGGGAGUUACAAACCCGGGUGGCUGGUCACUCUCUCCGCUGCUUUCUACGGGUUGCAGCCUAACCUGGUCCCGGAAUUCAGGGGUGUUAUGAAAGUUGACAUAAAUCUUCAGAAAGUGGACAUUGACCAAUGUUCAAGUGAUGGCUGGUUUUCAGGAACUCACAAAUGUCACCUUAACAAUUCAGAGUGUAUGCCAAUUAAAGGCCUAGGAUUCGUGCUUGGAGCCUAUCAGUGCAUUUGCAAAGCAGGAUUCUAUCAUCCUCAAGACUUCUCACUGAACAACCUCCCGAGAAGGGAUCCGGAUCACCCUUUGGCAGGAAGUGCAAAAGAUGUGUCAGAAGAAGCCCAUGUCUGCCUACCCUGCAGAGAGGGCUGCCCCUACUGUGCUGAUGACAGCCCUUGCUUUGUCCAGGAGGAUAAGUAUUUGCGACUUGCUAUCAUCUCCUUCCAAGCCCUGUGUAUGCUGCUCGACUUCGUUAGCAUGCUCGUGGUCUACCACUUUCGCAAAGCAAAGAGCAUCAGGGCAUCGGGCCUUAUUCUGUUGGAAACAAUUCUUUUUGGGUCUCUGCUUCUAUAUUUUCCGGUUGUUAUUUUGUACUUUGAGCCAAGCACAUUUCGCUGUAUUCUCCUAAGAUGGGUCCGUCUUCUCGGUUUUGCUACUGUUUAUGGAACUGUCACUCUCAAGCUUCACAGGGUUUUGAAAGUGUUUCUUUCACGAACAGCCCAACGGAUUCCGUAUAUGACUGGUGGACGGGUCAUGAGGAUGCUGGCAGUAAUGCUCCUGGUAGUAUUUUGGUUUCUUGUUGGCUGGACUUCGUCUGUUUGCCAGAAUUUGGAGAGGCAGAUUUCACUUAUUGGCCAAGGGCAAACAUCUGAUCACCUCAUCUUCAACAUGUGCCUCACUGAGCGCUGGGAUCACAUGACAGCAGUUGCUGAAUUUUUAUUCCUCUUGUGGGGUGUUUAUCUCUGCUAUGCAGUGCGGACAGUCCCAUCAGCAUUUCAUGAGCCACGCUAUAUGGCUGUCGCAGUUCACAAUGAGCUCAUUAUCUCUGCUAUAUUCCAUACAAUUAGAUUCGUUCUUGCCUCAAGACUUCAGUCUGACUGGAUGCUAAUGCUGUAUUUUGCACAUACUCAUUUGACUGUGACAGUCACCAUUGGGUUGCUUUUGAUUCCAAAGUUUUCGCAUUCAAGCAAUAACCCACGAGAUGACAUUGCUACAGAAGCAUAUGAAGAUGAGCUAGACAUGGGCCGGUCUGGAUCCUACCUGAACAGCAGUAUCAAUUCAGCAUGGAGUGAGCACAGCUUAGACCCAGAAGACAUUCGGGAUGAGCUGAAGAAACUCUAUGCCCAGUUGGAAAUAUAUAAGAGGAAGAAGAUGAUUACAAAUAACCCCCACCUCCAGAAAAAGCGGUGCUCCAAGAAGGGCUUAGGCCGUUCAAUCAUGAGGCGUAUCACCGAGAUCCCAGAGACGGUCAGCAGGCAGUGUUCCAAAGAGGACAAGGAAGUCACAGACCACAGCACAGCCAAAAGCACUGCCCUGGUCAGGAAGAACCCGCAAGAGUCUUCAGGUAACACCGGGAAGCCCAAGGAGGAGUCCCUGAAAAACCGAGUCUUCUCACUAAAGAAAUCCCACAGCACUUACGAUCAUGUGCGGGAGCACACAGAAGAGUCCAACAGUUUACCGGGGGAAAGCCAAGAAGAGGAGUCUACAGAACAUUCCACACUGGAGUCUCUGUCAAGUAAAAAAUUAACACAAAAACUGAAAGAAAACAGUGAGGCCGAGUCCACAGAGUCUGUGCCUUUGGUGUGUAAGUCAGCAAGUGCUCACAAUCUCAGCUCAGAGAAGAAGCAGGGGCACCCACGAACAUCCGUGUUACAAAAGUCUCUCAGUGUCAUAGCAAGUGCCAAGGAGAAGACUCUUGGAUUAGCUGGGAAGACCCAAACAUCAGGCCUGGAAGAACGUGCUAACUCCCAGAAACCUCUGCCAAAAGAUAAAGAAGCAAACAGAAAAUACUCAAAUUCAGAUAAUGCAGAGACUAAAGAUUCUGCCCCCCCAAACUCCAGUCAUUUGGAGGAGCCAAGAAAACCUCAGAAAUCUGGGAUUAUGAAGCAACAAAGGGUCAACCCGUCCACUGCCAAUUCUGAGAUGAGCCCAGGCACCACCCAGAUGAAGAACAACUUUGACAUAGGGGAAGUGUGCCCUUGGGAGAUUUAUGACCUGGCCCCUGGUCCCGUGCCUUCAGAAUCAAAAGUUCAAAAACACGUAUCUAUUGCAGCUUCUGAAAUGGAGAAAAACCCAACUUUUUCCUUAAAGGAAAAAUCUCAUCAGAAGCCUAAGGCAGCUGAACUAUGUCAGCAAACCAAUCAGAAGAGCAUAGACAAGGCUGAGGUAUGCCCUUGGGAGAGCCAAGGUCAGCCCGUUUUGGAAGAUGAGAAGAAUUUGAUUUCCAAGACUCAGGUUCCCCCAGGGAGGGCUAAAGGUGAGAAUGGCGGUCAGCGUUAUGCGAUAAACGUGUGUGCUGGGCAAUAUGAAGAGCUGCCCCCCAAAGCCGUAGCACCAAAAGUAGAGAAUGGAAAUCUCAACCAAACGGGAGACCAGGAACAAAAAACAUCUUCCCCUGAGGAAAACGUGCCUGGCUCCUAUAACUCAAGUAAUAACUUUCAGCAACCUUUAACAUCGCGAGCUGAGGUGUGUCCUUGGGAGUUUGAGACCCCAGAUCUACCAAAUGCUGAAAGAAGUGCUUUACCUGCUGCCUCUUCCACUUUAAGUGCAAAUAAGAUAGCAGGGCCUCGGAAAUAA